AUGGCCUCCCUCUGGCGGCUCAUCGCCCUCGGGCUCAGCCUAGCACUCGCCGCCGCCCAGACGAUCACGCCGCUCGACACCCGCGGCCAGCUGCAGGUCGGCAGCCCGCUGUACUCGCUCGACCUCGACCCAGAGCCCUACGACGACCGCGUGAAGCUGCACCUCUACCCGUCGACGUCGAACCUCUACGCCCCCGAUGAAGCUCUCAAGGUGAUCUCCUUCUUUUUCUUCUUCGUCUUCUUCUGCUGCCGUCGUGGUGCCGUGGUGGUGCGGCUCAAGGAGACGGACAUUGCGUAUCUCUCCUGCGACCCGGACGACUACCCGGGCAACAUCGACCCAAACGACACCCUGGUUGCCCUGCUCGCCGCCUCCCGCCGUCCCGCCGCCAUCCUGCUGUACACCACCCACGCCGUGCGCUGCGACUACGAGGCCGACCACGACGAGGACCCGGCCACCACCUACAAGACCAUCUUCUCGCUGCGUGAUCCGGAGCUCGCCAACGCCCUGCUCACCUCGACCGAGCGCCAUAAUGCGACCAUCUCGACCGCCGGGCCCGUCACGGCCGCCCAGUCGCUGCAGGAAGACCCCCAGCCCUCGCGGCCGCACCAGGGAGACCCGCGCAACAACGGAGUCGAGACCACCCGCAACACCGCCAUGAUCAUCCUCUACACCGUCACCGGCAUCAUCACCCUCCUGUUUCUAGCAGUCAUCUUGACCGGUGCCAUCCGGGCACACCGCCAUCCGGAUCGCUACGGGCCUCGCAAUCUGCCCGGGAGAGCCAGGCAGAGUCGAGCAAAGGGGAUUGCCAGGGCCAUGUUGGAUACGUUGCCCAUUGUCAAGUUCGGCGAGGACAGUGAGCAGCGCUCAAAGCAGCAUGACGUCGAGCUCGGUGACGACGCCCAUCCCCAUACCCGGCCGGAGUCUCGGCAACAGAAUCCAGAACAGACAGAGGCUGUUGCGAAUACAGAUGUUGGUGCACCUGCGCCAGCACUGUCUACAGCGGAUGUCCCGGUAGAGCAGCAGCAGCAGCAACAGCAGCAGCAGCCUCGUUCUGCGUCUCCGUCUGGCUCAGCUGCAGGCUCAGCAACUUCCGAGCGAGAACCGUCUACUACCUGUCCCAUCUGCACGGAUGAGUUCGUUCGUGGCCAGGACGUCCGUCUCCUGCCAUGCAACCACUCCUUCCACCCAGAGUGCGUCGAUCCAUGGCUCGUCGACGUCUCCGGCACCUGUCCUCUCUGCCGAAUCAAUCUCAACCCGGACGCACAGGAACAGCAACAGCAACAGCAUCAUGAUACCAUCACCGGCAUCGAAGGAGACCCUGCCAUCGAUGCCAGGGAAAGAGAAAGGAUCAGAAAUGCCCGUGCCUCGACGGGAGGUACUUCCACCGAAGCCGGAGGCCACGAGGCCACGCUCCAGCAUGCUCGUAAUCUACGGUCCAGACACGCAAAUGCAGAAGAACGACGACGCAACCGGCUCUCUGCCCGUUUUGUCGAGCGGUUCCGUAUACGCACCAGGCCGCACGGGGAGGCCGACGCUCCCCCUGUCCCUGUCCCCAACACCACCACUGCCACUGCCACUGCCAACGCAGGUACAGGUACUACCACAACUGCUAACCCGAGUACGGAGCCGAGUACCAACCCAAGUACUUGA